AACCUGGUGAUGUUCAUUUAACGGCUUUAGAAAUAGUGUUGGGUUUCAUAUCGUUAUAUAUCUUAGUUUUACUAUUAUAUAUUUCUUGCACGCAUCUAAAAUUUUCAAAAGUAACAUCCCUUCCAAAUCAUGAUAAACCCAAAAAUACUUUUGAAACGCCAAAUUGCUUCGAAUAAAGAACUUCCCUUCCCUCAACCCAGCUACCCCCACUCUCUAAUAUGCCCUCCUUAUUAAACGCCUUUUAAGCAAGUGUAAAGACACUGUAGGGGGGAAGCUUAUUUAAGCCACUGCUUAUUAUGAAAGUUGACAUUUCUUUAUUUUCCAAGAUGUGCCCCCAUCAAGCCUGUCUUCUGAGAUAUUCGUAAUUGAAAGGCUAUUAAAUAACAGUUCGGACAUUUACAACUCACUAAGCCUACGCACAUCAUAGGUAUAAAAAAUGCCCAUUGAUUUGGUAUUCUCAUGCGUCUGUCCUGUUAUUGAUCAUGAAUUUCGUCACAACAUCGUCAAAGUAGCUAGCCGUGGAUCCGCAGACUACAGUUAUUGUAAAAAGUUUAAUUGUUCUCAUCCUUUUGAAGCCUUACAUUUUAAACUACUUGUAAUGAAGUAUUAUCAGGUCCUGAAAAAUUUCCCUUUUAAUUUUUACGCUUUUUCUCUUAUCUCGAUCUCAUUAGAACCGUACACAAGUCCGACAAAUUUCUACAAGGAACUUCCUAACGCCGACUUCCCAAAGUUACAUGAUUACGACUGUUUAAAUUCGCGUUUGUUCGGCGCAUGUCAGCUGGCAGUUUAUGACGUCACAGAGGCAAAAUACAAGUGCGACAUGGACGAUCAAUGCAAAGCUUUUGUGACUACGGCGGAAACAUUAUGGACAGGUUACUUCAUCGUGUAUUUAAAGAAUGACACAUCACAUGUCCAGCCUAACAAAGACACCACAAUUUACAUCAAACAGCCCAUCCACGUGAAAAGUAAUGUAGUUACGUUACCUUGACAACCAACUGCGACCUGCGUCUAAGUAAUUAAUAUCAAUCAACACGCACAAAAAGCAAGUUUUCUAGUGUUUACUUAAAGAGAAGUUGUCAACGUUCGGCAGAGGCAACAGGUAACCUUCCUUACUCCCGAUAUCGUCCCUUUCUGGCAACGAAGGUAGACAACGGUUGCCUGGCCUCUGGAGGAGCCACGAGGCACGUUGUUGCAGAGGUGUAUUUGCGAUGUGACGUCGUCCAAGUGCCUUCUGGCAGAUGGAAGCGUUGCAUUUGAGUUAUUUGAUGUCAUUGAAGAUAAUAAAAGAAUAAACCAAGGCUGAUGCCGAGAGUUGCUUUCUUUGAACAAUAUGACGGCCUUGGUACGUUGGCAUUCAAACGGAAAUGAACAAUAGAAAAGAAUAAAGAUACCACUGAAUGACAAAAUCACUUCCAAUAUAAACAGUAGUCAGAAGGUAUUGUUCUAUAACAGAGCGCGCAGCGUCUUCAGUUCGCGACAGGGGACGGGAGGGGGAGAGGGGUACCCCCACAAAUUUAGGCUGGGGACGUGCCACGCACUUCAUGAAGCCCUUACGCUAUUUCAGACCAAAGCAUGCGAUUUUCGAUACCCUGUUUCAUACUGACUCACAAUUCGAUAUCGUGUUCUAGAGCUCUAAAAGAAGCACACGUCUCUAGUCAAGAAAUUAUCAAAGUAAGCUUACCUUGAUAAUCUCUCGCUCUAGUACAUGACCUCAACUAACCGGCAGGAAUGGUAUAUAUUUGCGUAAUUCGAAUUCCUGAUUUUAAUGGAAAAACCUAGUUGGCAUCUAAACUACAUACAAAUGCUUAAAGAGAGUGUAAAGCAUACCCUUUCACGGACCAAGAGUCAAAAUCUACAGUAUAAUUCAGAUUAAAACGGCUGAGAAACCACACCCUUUGGCGCCUUAUAUACGUAUGUAAGAGAGCAGCCCGUUUUAUAACCAUCAGUUACAACACGUAAAUACACUUCUUUAUUCUCGUACUAGGCUCAUCACGGCGUCCAGUAGAGAAAGGGUGCUUGAUCUACGGGCAUAAUCUUUAAGUUGCACGCCAUAUGCAUGAGAUUUUCUUUUGUUCGUGGCCAUAAUGGCCUUUAAACUUGGUUAGAAUUGGCCCUGGAAAAAAGGAACCACCGUAAACGUUCAAAGCCUCAUAACAUUACAUGACUCACGUAAAAUUUGUCUACUAGUGCUACUGUAUUUUCUCAAUUAAACGCUGGGUGCCAAGAUGGUAAAUAAACCUCAUCGGCAUCUUUUUCGAGGUAUCGUUUCUUUCAUAACGAGUUGUACUUAUCACUCCACUAAGUUGUAACGGGUACGACCUCAGAACCAAAUUCUCUAUAACUUGUUUUAUAAAUUACUGACUACAGACAAAGUCGGUGACACUAUUUUCGGGAUUUCUAGAUGUUUUCUUGAUAGAUUUGCAUUUGACUCAUCAAACUCCAAGUAUUUGUCUCAAAACAAUACUAGAGUAUACUACUUAUGUUCUUAAAAUAAAAUUUCCUGAAAUUAAAGAGAGUGUGCAAAUGUCAUGUUCAUUCAGCUAGAAUAAGUAGGAUCUUUUGUGAACUUUACAUAAAAUAGGUAGUUGUUAAUUUGACAACGUUUUAUUUGCAAUGCCUUUUAUAUGCUUUGCUGGGCUGCAGUAUAUGUAUGAUUGUAUCCGAGUUCCUCUCAAGCAAGGGUGUGUACGUAACACUUCACGUUCGUUAGGUAACGUGAAAGGCUCUUUAUGUCUUUCUUCUGGCCUAUUUUUCCCAGUUUUAGCUAAAGCUUUAGUUAAAACUGUGGGCCCCAAAAUUAUAUCACGCACAAAAUAUGUUACGCCUUGCCGAAAUUUACCGCCUGUUUCCUAGACGCAUUACCGCCGAGUUUGUCUUUCCUAUAUGUAUAUCCCAAGGUGUGUUAUUACGAAAUGUAAACUUUAGUAUGAGUUAGGUAUAUAUACCGGCACUUCGUGUUGUAUUAUACUCCCUGACGAAGUGUGCGUUAGCCACACGAAACGCGUAGGAGAAAUAAAGAAGUUAUUCAACUGCGUA